AUGGAAGACCCCCGAGUAUCAGCAGCAGCAGCGCUGCCAGCGCCGAGUGGACGGGUAUCAACUGGACAAAAUCCGUCGACCUCUUCAAUUUGCAACCAUUGUCGCAAAGCCAUCCCGCCAAACGUCUCCAUCUACACCUGUCUCAUCUGCAGCACCGCGCACAUCACUACAGUCUUUUGCGUCUGGUGCUUCACCGCCAACGCUGUCAAUAUGUCCCACGGCCACGAUAAGACCUACUACGUAACCGACUCGGACCCGCGCGUACAACUCUCCGUCCCAGAUCCCACCUCCCACCUGUGGACCAUCCGCAAGAAUGUUUCAGGGCGACUCUGGUAUACGCAUAAUUCGACGGGUUUGAAGACACACAUCAAACCGACGGCGGCCGCGUUGUCGGGAUACUCGGGUCUGCCGGCGGGCUGGGAGGAGAGAAGAACGCCUGAUGGGAGGACCUUUUACUUUAAUCGCAAGAUGGGCAGCAGCUCGUGGACCAAGCCGGCGAAUUCUUUGCCUGAUGGGUGGAAGGAGUUGAGGACUCCAGACCAGGUACCGUUCUACAUCAAUGAGAGCCUCGGACUCUCGACUUGGGAUCGUCCAGGACAACAACCAAGAAAACGACCAGGGCAGAGCAACAAGGUCGUCACAAGAUCAAGGUCUGGACAGCCCAACAGCAAUCAAAACGCCGGAGACGCCAUUCUGUCUGCUACCAUCAACGCGGCCAGACUCACAGGCCACGGCGUCGAAGUGGCAAGUCGACAGAUGGGCAAACUCGGCAAGAAGAAGAACUGGAAGAAGAUGGGCCGGAUCAUGACGCAAGCCAGCGGUUUAUCCAUGGACUCUGACGGCGAGGGUGGUGGUGGAAAUAGUUCUGACGACGGAGGGUAUGAGGAGCAGGGACAGUAUCAGGAGAACCCCGGCUUUCAGCAGGCUGCGUUUUCGGAGCAGCAGUCGUUUAUGGAUGGGAACCAGACGCCGGCUGGGUAUCAGCAGCCUGCCUAUGAGCAGCAGGCGGUGUACCAGUACUCUGCGCAACAGGAGCAGCCUGUGUUUGAGCAACCCGCGCUGUACGACAACAGCGGGCAGUUUGCAUACCCUGGCAAUGUGCCUCAGCAGGGCUAUGAGCAGCAGCAGGAGCCUCAGUACCAGUACGGUCAGAACCCGGCGUAUGAUCAGCAGCCCGUGCAGGAACAACAGCAAGUGCAUCAACAGCCGGUUAUCCCUCAGGAACAACCACAGUACUAUACCCAGGAGGCCCAACAGCAGCCUGGUCAGCAGCAACCAGUUAUGCCUCAAGAGCAACCGCAAUAUUAUCCUCAAGAGGUUCAACAGCAGCCCACUCAACAGCCAGUACCUCAACAACCAAUUCUCCCCCAGGAGCAGCCUCAAUACUACACCCAGGAGGUUCAGCAACAGCCUAUACAGCAACCUGCGCAACAGCAAGUGCCUCAACAGCAAAUCUACCAGCCAGUCCCUACCCAGCAACCUACCUCAUUCGAUCUCGUCAUGCUCCCAGACCAAAACAGCGAUCCUCCUCCACCCGCCCCCCAAGAGCCAUACAUGCCUCCUCAACCUAACCAGCAACCGGCAGUCACCAACCAAGUCCCUACGACCCAAGCACCCAUGUAUACUUUCCAGCAACCGUUCUUCUACGACCCAACCCCUACGACACAAGCUCAAGCUACCGUGACAUACCAGUCGCCUGUCUACUCACCGACAUAUAUACCUCCGGAGCAAAAUCAGUUGCCGCACAACAACCAGCCCGAGAUCAUAACGAGUGAUGCCCCCCUGGUUGAAACGUACAACUCAGACAGCACAACCAUCUUUGUUGACAGCGCUUCAUUCGUGACCGGAAGCGGACAGCCGAACGCUGUUGACGAACCCGUCGGCACCAUACCCGAUAGCCAGGGCGACAUUAUAGUAGAGGUUACGAUUCAGCAGCAAUCGGAGCCUCUGGAUGUUCCGAGUCAAUCGAGUGUAGAGGUCAUUUCAACUCCGGAGCCGGUGAUAAUACAGGAAAAUGAUCAAGCGCCAGACUCGAUAUUAGCAGCUCAAUCGACCCAGAUUCAGGGCGACAUGGAUGCCUCUGCUGCAUGUUUAGCCCUUAUCUAG